UGAAUAAGACCUAUUAUAAGAUAAAUAUACAGCUGAUAACACAUAUUACAAUACAAAAUAAAUAUAGUGUUGAUGAGUUAAAAUAUACAUAAACCGAAUACAUAAUUGGAACUGCCAACAUGCUCAGAAACAAGUUUGUUGGUAGUGGUUGUAGUCAGGGCAUCGCUUACUUCCUGACCAAGUUGUGUUACAAUCGAGCGACAGCGCGCUAUCCUCGAAAUGCGUGCGUCAUCGCCUCCGCAAUACUGAUAAGCGCCUACCAAUUAUCAUUGCAAAUAAUGUGUUUAUGUUAUACAUUCGUAUCUAGACCGAACGCCAUGAAGUUUCUUUACUGAAAGUUAUCACUACGUAAGUCUGUCACUAUACCUACGUAUAGAUUAAUGCUCGUAUUAUGCCAGGCUUAUUUGUGUAGGUAAACUAUGAAUGUAUAGAAUUUCGAUAAAGAGGUCUUACCGAUAAUAAGUUCACGAGAUAAGUUAAAUAUAGGAAAAUGCCAACAAUAAAUUAUUAAUCGCUCAUAUUAUACCACUACCUAAUUGUGUAUUUCUUUAUUGGUUAUGCUUAGGUUUCAAUGAAGGUUGCACUUCACUUUAUAAUAAUAAUUAACAUAGUGUCGAUGGCGCUAAGUAGUUUCCUGCAAUAGAGAAUGUAGUAGACGGUGGCACAUAAACCGAUACCCGUUCUAGUCGAACGCAACCGUUACGAAAUCAGCGCUGCAUGAAAAUUACAUAGCUUACGAUGCCGAUACAGACUUGAUAUCAAAAUUUGAUGCUAAUCCUACUACCAUACUUCGUCAUUCUGAAAACGCCAUCUUUAUUGUCAUCGUCACCACUGAACACGUGUUAAUAAUAAACACAAUACCCCACAAUUAUUUAUUCUAAUGUAAUUACUAGUUUGUUUAGAACUACAUGUAUGAAAGCCUACAUCACGUUUACCUAACAGAAGGUGAUACUACUUGUAAUAUUGUAUACGAACUAACAGAGUGCAUUUUAAGUACAUAUUAUUAUGUUCUUAUAUCCGUUAUAUUUCAGUCUGUCCUUAAACAGGAACAUACCUCCAGUAAAAUUCUAUUGAUUUUGUAGGUAACUUCCAGAUAAUUUGAAUUGUAGUUAAAGCGCAGGUUAAAGUCCGUGCAUAUUAUGUAGAUACGUAUAAAUAGAUUACGAAGAACAACCGAUCCGGUUGCGGUGAAGGAGGGAGAUAGAUAAAACGCGACAUGAAUCACUACUUACAGCGAGCGCAGAGUGCGGUGCGCGGGUAGGGACGCGGGCGGCGCGGGGAGCCGAACGGAACGAAACGAACAAACCAACGACGUUACAAACAGUUGAACACUCAUCCGUGGUGCGGGAACAUACGCUGUCCCUGCCUUGAAUGUACGAUAAACGAGACAUAUUUUCCAACAUACAGACAAAACAAAUAAAUACUCGUGUUAUUCAUGUUAAUAGUUGUUAUCAUUCGCUAAAAAGAAAGUGGCGUCGUAAUAUCGGAGUGCAAGUGAGGCUUGUGUGACGGUACACAGGUGUGUCUCUGUGUGUGUGCCGUGUGGCGUGGAUCGUCGCGCAAUUAUUAACGAUGAUUCACUUGUGCGCGGGUGAAAUGCAGGCUAUCGGACUUGUUGACAUUUGUUCUGGAGGCGUCAACAAAUGAUACUAAGACAGCAGUGAUAUAAUGGUGGACUGAUCAGUUAUACCGCGGUACAAACGUCGCGGGUACGAUGCCGCUCACGCAAGAAAAACGGUUAGAUAGUAACUUCUCCAACAACAAUGACCACAACUAUCUUCAUAAGAAAUUCAAAAAAAUGGCAUCUCCGAUUUCCGUGUUUCCCGGAAAUCCAAAAGGAGGGGAAACCAGACAUAAGGAAACAAUUGUAUCCACAGCGGCUUGCAGCCUUUCAAUAUCAAACGGUAGCAUCGCUGCGAGUCAUCCAGAAAUAGAAAAAAUUAAAAAAGAUAAACAGCAUUUAGAAGAGCAGGAUGUGGGAAAAUAUGUACAAAUUAAUUAUAAUGAUGAAAAUAGUAGAUUAAGUAUUGUAAAUAAUUUUGUUCAAGUAACUGGUCAGACCAGUUUUACUGAUGAAUUUUCAAAUAAGACUGAAAAUCUUGAAAACGAUUUAAUCAAAGAAGCCCACAUAGGUGGAGUAGGAGGACGUUAUAUAUGUCCCUACUGUAAAUUAUCAUGUGCCAAGCCUUCAGUUCUUCAAAAACAUAUCAGAGCGCAUACGAAUGAGAGACCUUACCCUUGUGUACCUUGUGGAUUUGCUUUUAAAACGAAAUCCAAUUUAUACAAACAUCGAAGAUCAAGAACACAUGCUUUAAGAUUGCAGGGGGCCGACGUAUCGGUUACGCUAAAUGAUGAUGACUUAUCAGGAGGUUCUGAAAGUGAUACGUCUAUUCCGCCUACGUCGGUGUCAGAAACAGGCUCCGAUGUUUCUAUAGUGCGCACAGAAAAUUUGGAAUCGAAUGAUUCUUCAGAAUUGAUUAACGAUAGCAUGCAAACUGGUAUGAGUUUGUCCUUAAUCGAAAACAAUAAAUCUAAAUCAAUUUAUAAACCCAAAUUUAGGGCAGCGUUAUACCAAGACAGAGAUGAAAAAGAUAAGGUGAAGAAGUCGAUCUCAUCAAAUGCCGAUUUUCUUACGGAACAUAUCUCAAAAAUUAUAUCAGACAAUGAAGCUAUUGUGGAUGUUAUAGAAACUCCAUUACAAAAGAAAUAUGGCAAAAUUAAACAAAUUGCGGAGAGCAAACAAUUUAUGACUGAUCUCACUGAUAUAAAAUCUGAACCAUCGCCACUUAAUUUGACAAAAUCUAACUAUGAAAACGAAAGCUCCUUUAGAAAAAGAUCUCAUUCAGAAAGCUUCUCACAGAAUGAUCAUCAAAAACACCCGUUGAAUCCCGAAGGGUCUAUAAUAAAAGACCUACUUUUAAAAACUAAAAUGAACGGAUUAACAUCAGUGACAGGAGAAUUGAUCGAAGGGCCUUUGUUUAUAUGUCCUUUAUGCCAGAUAAUCUAUAGAAGUGCAGAUAAUUUAGAAACACAUAGAAUGUAUUAUUGCAAAGGAAGUAUCAGCAACAGUCACAGUGUUGGUCAAAAAGAUUUGAAGUCAAUAAGGCCUGAAAACGUCUUCGUUAGAAGUAAUUCGGUUAACGUUCGGUUACCAGAAACAACAUCAAACUUUUCACGCACGGUUAAUUCUGCAAAAUCAUCACCUUCUCGAAUUAAACCAGACAAUCUUAUUAUAAUGAAACCUGAAACAAGUGAUAUUGUGGCCCCAUUGCCGUCGCCUGGACCACUACUUGGUAAUACCAGACUUGUAGAUACUAGAAUACCUAAUGACUGCACAAGGAAGAGUGAUAGUCUCAAAGUAAAACCGAUUGCUAGUCCAAAAAGGAGAAUUGACAGUCGGGCUGAAACCUAUAGUCCGAGAUUAAUGGAAAAUAUAUCUCCAAGAUCAACCGAUAUGUACCCACAACCCAAAAUACGGUGUAUUGACGCAAACUCUGCUACAUUAAGAACCAUAGAUGAAAUGGCGCAACAUAUGAGGCAUAAUUCAACCUCUCUCCAAAUGUUUGGCGGUGAAGUAAAAAUUGUUGACCACUCUGGAAGUACAACUACCUUGAGAAUUGAACCCAGUAAAAAUCAACUAUCUCCUAUAUUAAUACAACAAAACCUUUCACCAUCAAAACUAGCAAAUGAUGCCGAAGCAAGUAGCGUCGUUGUUAGGUCCGGUUUGCAUUCUGGUGGUACUAUAAUGCAUAAUCCGCCAACACCUAAAGAAGUUUUAGGUACGCCGCAGCCACAGACGCCAAGAAUUUCAAUAUCAACCGCACCUUCAAUCUCAAAUUCCAAUUUACCGAAUAUACAUGAUAUAACACACUUUCAAUUUCCACCGCUUAGUGCUAUUACAGCAUUUAAUCCCUUGACUUUACCUCCACUUAGUCCGUCUUCACCAAACGGAGCUACAACGAUUAUGCAUGGUGGAAAGUUAAUACCUCACGUACCAGGAAUACCUGGCCCGAAUACACCAGGCCUAUUUGUGGGAAACGCAAAUACUCAACCGAAAAGUGUGAUAAACAGUGAAGGUAGUAAAUCAACUACACAAUCUAGCCGCGAAGAUUAUCAAGUUAAUUCUUUACUGAAUAUUCAUUCUUCAAAAGGAGCCAUAAUUAAAUACGAAACACAACAAUUUCGUAAUAAAAGCAAAAGUCCGAAUUUACGACAAACGCAAGAUGAAAUAGGAACUCAAACACCAACACAAGAUAAUUUUAAUAAUGAUGUUCCGCAUUACAUUUCUGCUGUACCUAUCAUUAAAAUAAAGAAUGUAGAUGAGCCAAACCUAAUUUCCAAAACGUUUAUAUCCGACGGACCUAAGUCAAUUCUAAGACAAGACGGAGCUGUUAAAAGGAAUUCUGAAGGAGUACCGAGGAGUCCUCUUCAUAAAGAAAAUAUGAUUUACACUUCUCAGAAGUUAAAAAACAGGGAUAAAAAUGGUACUAUUGUUUCGACUAGGCUUUUAGAAGCGAAAUCGGAGAGAGAAUUACGUAAUUUCAAUUUCGAAAACUUAAUUACAAAAGCCGAAAUAUACAACAAUCAAAUUCCAAGUUCAUCUGAGGUCCAAAAAAAUACAAAUGCUCAAGAAACGCCAAUAACAGUGCAAAAUGAACGUUCUGAAACAUCUUAUUUCCAGAAGAAUGUAAUUUCAAAACCGAUGGCUGAAGACCGAAAGCCCAAAUUUUUGAGGCCUUCUACUCUACCAUUAAAACCUGGUACAUUUACACCUAAAAGGCACCAUGGCAUUACUCCAAAUGCAAACACUAUGCCGCUUGUGUCACCAGAGACUCCGCGUCCAGCUAAAGCUUACGGCCAACUUUACUUAAAUGGAAAUGCUUAUACGUAUCUGGGAUUGAAGUGUUCAACGAAAGUUUUUUACUGUACUAUCAAUAGGCCGCAACCAACUUAUGUUCCGAACCAACAUUUUUUAUCAAUGUACAGUAAUUGGCAGUUAUUAUCCGAGCUGACGCCAGACCCGCUGGGAUUGUCAGCAUCGUCUGCUAUGUCUCUUUAUGACUCACGCCAUCGACCGCAAACUGUAGCUGUCGCUGUGAUUAAACAGGAUCUUGUAUUGACUCAUUCAUCACAAUGGAAUAAAAUUCUCAAGGACAACAAACAGGCAUUACAAGAACUUGAUGCAAAGAAAGCUGAUGAAAAUAAAUAUCCGCAUAGCGAUAAUGUAACAACUCCCAAGAAAGAACUGACUGGUGGGUUUGAAAGUAAUGAAGAAUAUACUUACGUGCGAGGCCGUGGAAGAGGACGUUAUGUUUGUUCAGAAUGUGGUAUACGGUGCAAAAAGCCCUCCAUGCUGAAGAAACAUAUUCGCACUCAUACCGACGUACGUCCUUACACAUGUGUACAUUGCGCCUUCAGUUUCAAGACAAAGGGUAACCUUACUAAACACAUGAAGAGCAAAGCCCAUUAUAAGAAGUGUUGUGAAUUGGGAAUAAACCCGAACGAGGGCAAUGAUGCCGAGAAUGGAGAAAUGGCUCAAUGCUCUGGCGAAACGGAUGACGACACAGAGUCUGAAGGCGAUGAAGGCAAUGAAGGAGAGACAGAAUCAAGUGAUACAGAGGCUUAUAAGUCACGAUUACCGGAACAUGAAGCAGCUCACUGUUUGUUAUCACUGGGAGGAUCAAGGCCUACUACUUCAGCAACUCCGGGAUUGAUAACCAGUGCAAGACCAUCGACCUAUCCAUAUACACCAACAGGACUAGAAAAUGUAAAUAUGGAAAGUAGUCAAGAAGUAUUAACCAAUGCUCAAAAUUCACCAAUGGACUCUAGGGCUAGUUUUGAAAAUGAACCCAUGGAUCUCAGUAAGAAUGAUAUAAAGCCAACUCAAAAUAACAUUCCUGAAAUACCAACCGCUAGAGAGUCAAGUGUUUUAGCAUCACUAGCUUCAAACACAGCUAAACUUCCGCAUCACCAGGCUCAAUGGACAAAUGGUGAACCGAUGCUGCAUACGUAUUUGACAGAGAGAGCAUUGCAGGAUUCUAAAAUUAAACAAAGCCAACUUACCAGCAGUUUAAGUAAAGUAAGAAAAAUGGACGUCGAAAAAUCAACGUUAUCUGAUAGCCUCUGUUCAAUGAGUACAAGUACAAGUAAAAUGGUAUCUUCAACUAAGAGCACUAUUAUGUCAUCAGUGUCUUCUGCUCAAGUAAUUUAUAGUGAUGCCAAAAUAUCAGACAUCAAAGAAAGCGAAAUAAAUGUGAAAUCAUCUGUUCCACAAGAAGAUGAUAUAUCAGUUGUAAGGGAAUCUUCGGUUUCAACUAGUUUACUCAAUGAAACAAAAGGAAAUCACACACAAACUCAUAGUAAUGCAGAAAAUGCAAAACAUGUAGUCUCCGAGUACCUGAAACACGCAAGAAUAAACCAUAUAAAGACACACGAAGAUAGCGCACAAAAUCAAAAUGACAGCCCGAAUGACGAUAAUAAUUUAGUAAAACUCAACAGUGACGAAAUUGCAAAAUCUGAUGAAUAUAAUUCAGAAUCAGAAACAGUAAAAUUGCCAUCCUUGGACCAUGAUCCCGUUGCAAGAAAAGUCGUAAUAGGUGCUGGCGGAGUAGCUUUCAAAGUAACAAAAGGAAAAGAUUUUGAAAACACUUCGUAUUCACCAGGCAGACUGAUGGAAGAUGGACGAAGAGUUUGCGACUUUUGUAACAAAACAUUUACAAAACCUUCACAGUUGAGGUUACAUUUAAAUAUCCAUUAUAUGGAGAGACCUUUUAGAUGCAGUGUUUGCGCUGUUAGCUUUCGCACUAGAGGCCAUCUUCAAAAACACGAACGUUCUGGAUCUCAUCAUAAUAAAGUAUCUAUGACUUCCACAUUUGGAGCUGCUACAUCUUUUAAUCCUAGACCAUUUCGGUGUUCUGAUUGUAAUAUAGCCUUUAGAAUACAUGGACAUCUAGCAAAACAUCUACGAAGCAAAAUGCAUGUAAUGCGGCUUGAAUGUUUAUUCAAAUUGCCUUUUGGUACAUUUACUGAAAUUGAACGUGCGGGUGUCAGCCUAACUGAUAUUGAUACUACCGAUUGUGCAAGUUCACUAGCCAGUUUACAAUCACUCGCUCGUAAACUGCAUGAAAAAGAUCCAACGAAACUUGAAUAUCGGGAACCUAAUGGUGUAACACACGCAGGACCUCCCGCUGGCAGGGAGUCUUCUGAUGAGGAAGAUAAUGCCUGUGACAUAAGUGAAAGUGAAAAAGAAUGUGAAGUUAAGACUGUUGAUAGUAAUGAAGGUCAAGAUAAAGACACGAGAGUUAAUUAUAGUGCCACAGAUAUUUAGUGCCAAAAUUAUUUUAAGUAGAAUAUUUUAAUGUGCAAUUUUGUUUUGUUAUUAAUUUAAGGUAUAACUAUUCAUACUGGGGUUUGACCCAGACACGUGUGAAAACAAAACGAUGCGCUUUAAUUAUAUUAUUAUACAUUGCUGUAUCUAAUUUCGAUGUAACUGUGAAAGUAUCUAUCUUGUAAAUAUCUCAAAUUUAAAUAAUUUUAAUGUUGUUAAAUUUGCUUCCAUUUUAAGGCUUACAUUAUUGUAUUUGUUAUUAGUAACUCUUAAAUAGUAUAGUAAAAGAAUAUUGUAAUUCAAAUGGAAACAAGAAGCUGAAUGCAAACUUCCCAAACUUCUAAAACUGUCUUACAUAAAUAUUUUGGUGGUCCAUAUUUUAGGUAAACUACGUUUCAAUAUCAUUGACGCAUAUUGAAGAUUCUUAAAGUAGCAACUUUAUCUUGAUAGUAACCAUUAUUACUUUUGUAUGUAUUUUUAUAAAAUAUAUACUUAUGAUGUAUUUACACUGUGUAACGUCUACUUCCAGAUCCUUUAUCUAAAUGUAAUUGGCAUAUCAAAUUCCAUAAACUAAAUUUAGAUAUACAAAAAUCGUUAGUCUUCCAAUUCAAAAAUAGCACUUGGUCUAGGGUUCUUGAUUUAGUACAGUCAUUCACUCAGAAUGAACUACACCUACCAACAGACAUACUUCCAGGUGAAAUUCCGCGAAAUUGUUUUUAGAGAUAUCUACUAUGAAGCGGAAUUAUACUUUAAUGAAUGUUUAUGUAAAUAUUAAGUAUUAUCCAUAUAGAUAACCAUAUCAUGAACUAUUAAAUAGAAAAAAAAUUUACUACUUUUUACUACAUACCUAUAGAAUUGUAGUUAUCCAAUGUAAAUGGCCUAACUUAGUGUAAUGAUCUACAAUCAAUUUCUUCUUUCAAAAUGUGUAAAUGCCUAGGGCCGUUUUAGGAUUUGUAAUUUUCCCAGUUAAGUGUUGCCAGCUUGGCACAAUGCUAUUGCAACUCACACAUAUAGCUAGAAUAUAUUGUAUGGUUAGGUACCUACUGUAUGUGUUUUGGUUGUAAAUAUAUGAAUAUGACUGAUAUCAAAGUACGAAACUAUUAUUUCUGGUAUGCGUUUGAAUUUGAUGUAAGUACAAAAACGAAUGUAUGUUGUUGUAAAUUUUUGUAAUGUAUCAUUUUGUUAUGAAAUUGAGAAUUGUUUUUUAAAAAUAGAAUUCAAAAAGAGGUAUUUGUAUAGGUAGUGAGUUCGCUGGCAUUGUGCCACAAUUAUCUAUUAUAUAGCUAUUUUACAUUAUUGGAACGGUAUGUUUGGAGGCAAUGGUGUACUCGCGAUUAUUGUAGAAUUAUAGAUUUAAAAUUUUCUGAUGUUUAUUAUAUCGAAAGGGGAUUAAUUUUACUAAAUUGUUGCAAGAACUUUGUAAUGAAGGAGUUACAUAAUUAUAAUACAUUGAGUUAUUUAA